AUGUUCUUUCGUUCAAAACAUACUUCCUUCCAUCCUUCCUUCUUCCUUCCUUUCAUUUCAAGGAGCCUAUGUUAUAAUAAACCCCAUAAAAUCCCCCAUUCUUUUGUCGGUCGAAAAGCGAAAUAUAAUUGCCUGUCUAUCUAUCUAUCUAUCUAUCUAUCUAUCUAUCUAAUAACGAUGGCAAAAUACAUUACAUAUCUAUCUAUCUAUCUAUCUAUCUAUCUAUCUAUCUAUCUAUCUAUCUAUCCCAGUCCCUCUCUCACUCUCUCACACUCUCUCUCUCUCUCUCUCUCUCUCUCUCUCUCUCUCUCUCUCUAUCUAUCUAUCUAUCUAUCUUUCUCUAUAAUUGUAUUGAUUCUGUCCCUCAUUGCUGACGACGAUGUUGUCUUCUAUGGGCUGCCAAGUGAGAUAGCAGUCCGAUCCGCGAGCGACAAAUUCUCGGACAUAGGUGGCAGGAAAACAUGCCCGGUGCGGGAUUGGCAAGUUGCAGAUGACGCUGGCGUCGCCUCCUCUCGAGCGCCCCUCGUCUCUCUUCCUCGACGUGCCUCACUCUGGCGAGGCAUGGAGACCGCUAGCCGGUGCGAUCCCUUGCGAAGUUCGUUAUAA